AUGUCCACCAUUGCGAAAAAGCUCGUCGUAUGCGGCGGCAACGGCUUUCUCGGCUCCCGCAUCUGUAAACACGCCGUCUCUCGCGGAUGGACCGUCACCUCCAUCUCGCGAUCUGGCGAGCCUCACUGGGACGCUGUCACCGCCUCCAAGACCCCUCCCGCCUGGUCCCAGUCUGUUGCGUGGGAGCGCGGUGACAUCCUCCGCCCGGCAACCUAUGCUGCCCUCCUGAAGGGCGCCGACUACGUGGUGCACAGCAUGGGUAUCUUGAUGGAGGCCGACUACAAAGGAUUGGUAUCUGGCAAGGAGUCGCCCGUCGCCGGUAUUCAAAAGGUCUUCGCCCCGCAACGAGACAGGGGCAUCAACCCCUUGGAGAGGAAGCAAGGGCAGGAUAUCGUGCCCGAGAACACGAACGAUGAGUUCUCCUACGAGGUGAUGAACCGUGACAGCGCAAUCACUCUCGCAAAGCACGCGGCCGAGGAGAAGGCCAGCGCGUUCUGUUACAUCUCGGCCGCUGGCGGCGCACCCGUCCUCCCGGCGCGAUACAUCAAGACGAAGAGGGAGGCAGAGAACACAAUCACCACAGCAUUCCCUAACAUGAGGGGCGUUUUCCCUCGGCCACCCGUCAUGUACGAUUCUUCGCGACCAAUCACUGUAGCCAUGGCCGCGAUGGUGGGUGGAGGUUCCAUCUUCAACACAUUGACUGGUGGCUAUCUCAACAGUUUCAUGGGCGCAGCGGGCGCGAAGCCCCUCAAAGUCGACACCGUUGCCGAGGCGGUCAUUGAGGCGUUGAGCGACGAGAGCGUUGUGGGUCCGGUCGAGAUACCACAGCUGGAGGAGCUGGCCUCGAAGGCGUGGAGGAAGACCAUGCUGUGA